ACACGAGCCACGCAAGACCAGGAGGGGCUCAGACUUUGGGCAGGACCCGCUGAUCUUCUGACCGUCCAGCCCUAAGCCCGGCAUCAGGCUCUCGUCACCUGAUAGCAUAUUUGGACCAUGCCUGGAGCACACGUCUGGGUUUAUGAUGGGUGGAAAUUGUUUUCUGAACAAAAAGGAUUCUUACAUCUGUGGGGUGGCCUCGGAGACUGACAUGUAGGGGAAGAGCUGUUCUGCUUCUGGUGAAAAUUUCAGCAUUGAAACGCAUGCUGGGGGUGAGGUCACCUGCCCACGGCAUCUUCGUGGUCAGCGCGACCUCCCAGGCUCUGUCGUCUGGUCCUUCUGCUCACUCCGGGGCGGGCAGGAGAGUCGCUGUGAUUUCAGCACUCGUCACCCUGCUCUGCCCCACUCCAUCGGGAAGGAGCGUGAGUCAUAGUUUUAUCAUCAUUUAAUUAUUUGAGGAUGAGCCUUGAAUUUCCCUUUAAGAUCCCCUAACACACCACACCUUCUCAGUGGUGGAGAUGGGGAGACAGUCCUGGAUUAUCCAGGGACCAGGGGGUCCCCUGUCACCAACAAGGUCCUUACGGGUGAAACAAGGAGGUAGGGAAGACGGGGCCAGAGCACAUGUGACUUGAAAGCGGGAGCUGGAGAGCUGUGACUGCCAGCUUUGAAGAUGGGAGGGGUGAGGCCAGGGAGACGGUCGUUUGUGGAAGCUUGAGAAGGUGAGGGGAGAGAUUUCCCGCAGAGCGAUCGAUUGGGACGAAGGCAGCCUGACGACAACGCGGUUUGAAUUCCGGGUUUCUGGUUUGGACUUCUGACCUCCAGAACGGAACUGUGUCGGUUUAACGCGGUGACUUCCAGCAGCUGCUCUGCAGCCACAGGAAGCAAACACACGAGUUUCUGAGGGGGUUUUGGUGGCCGAAGCUGUUUGCUUGUUCGUUUGCCAGUCUGAACUCUGCAAGCUCAGGGUCUGAAUCUGUCGUGUCCAGUGUGUAUCUCUAAGCCAGGCACAUGGCCAACACCGAGAAAUAGGAGCAAAUGCCUGGGGGGAGAAAGGCCAUCAGUCCAGGAAGCCUCAGCACAGCUUAGACUCACGGGAGGCCCCAGAAGUGGUCAGAAAUGUCUGUCGAACCCACUGCCUGCUCCAGCCUCAGCCUGCACAAACCAGGGCCCGGCUCCAGGGAGGGUCGGUCCCCUUCCGGCGGGGACGCUGACCUGAUGACCAUGUGACAGGAAGCCCCAGCCCCGGAGAGGACACACCCUGUGGUCUGUUGUCCAGAGGGCACCCAGGUCUCCUCCAUCCUCACGGCCUAGACCGCAGGGAGGAGACGCCAUGGCCCCCUCCCUCCCCGCCCUGCUCUGCCUCGCGCUGAGUGUGGGCCUGAGGACCCAGGUGCAGGCUGAGAACCCCCCCAAACCCACCAUCUGGGCUGAGCCGGGCUCUGUGGCCCCCUGGGGGAGCCCCGUGACCAUCUGGUGUCAGGAGCCCCUUGGGGCCCAAGAGUUCCGUUUGGAUAAAGAGGGAAGCUCAGUCCCCUGGGACAGACAGAAACCCCUGGAACCAGGGGACAAGGCCAAGUUCUCCAUCCCACAGAUGACCGAGCAGCACGCAGGGCGCUAUUGGUGCUACUAUCUCAGGGGAACUCGCUGGUCAGAGCUCAGUGACCGCCUGGAGCUGGUGGUGACAGGACCCUCCGGCAAACCCAGCCUCUCAGCCCUGCCGAGCCCUCUGGUGACCUCGGGAGGGAACGUGACUCUCCAGUGUGGCUCCCGUCAGGGAUUUAACAGGUUCCUUCUCACCAAGGAAGGAGAAGACGAGUCCUCUAGGACCCUGGAUGGACAGCGGAGCCCCGACGGGCAGACCCAGGCCCUGUUCCCAGUGGGCCCCGUGAGCCCCGGACAUGGGUGGACGUUCAGAUGCUACGGCUUUAACAGGGACACCCCCCGGGUGUGGUCGGCCCCCAGCGACCCCCUGGAGCUCCUGGUCUCAGACUACACGGUGCAGAAUCUCAUCCGGAUGGGCUUCGCGGCCUCGGUCCUGCUGCUCCUCGGGGUCCUGCUCUGCCAGGCUCGGCACGACUGCAGAGAAGCCCGAGACGCGGCCCGGAGCUGAGCACCGGAAGCCCCCGGCACCGCCCAGAGCGCCGCAGCCCCCGACGCGAGCUUCCGCCCGGGAGCUCCGGAAAGAGUCUCUGCCGCGCGUGCUAAGUGCGCUGUCUGCGGAGACCCCGGGGGAGAGACGCGCCUGGGGGCGGGAGGAGGCCCGGGCGUCCCGGGGAGGGGGGGCUGGGGGCUCGGCCUUAGCUCACUGGGGCCCCUCCCUCCCGGGGAGGGGGGACGCUCGACUCCCGGCUCCUCCCACUCCCGGCCCGAGGUGCAUCCUCCUGGCAGGGGAAGGUCCUCACCCUGCAGGCCCGCAGGCUCUGUCUGCUCUCCUGGAGGACGUGAGCCUCAUUGUUCAUGCCCGCCGUCUCUGCUGGGCGCAAUGACCUCCAUCCCUUCUCAGAAACAGAACGUCGUUUAAGUAACUGAAUAAAUGGGUGAAAAUGGGGCCCCAUUGGGAACAGAUGGAUCCAGAACUCUUCCCUGGAUCCCCCAGACCCCUCACGCCCUGCUCUCCUCAUCAGAUGACACCCGGUGUGGUUUCUGCAGACCCCAUCGCUGCGAGGGGACACCCUGACGUUUGAAGUGACAGCCAGGUGCUGUGCUGGUAAACGGCUAAGGAAUACAACAUUUUAUAUGGA